GGGCGGGAGUGACCUUCCUUACACAAACCCGCUGCCGGUGUCGCCAUCUUCUCAGUGUGCGCGGACAGGCGGACACGGAACAUCCCUCUACAAUCAGUCACCAGCGUCCAGAGCCGCAGUCAUGCUGUCAGUCCGUGUAGCCGCCGCGCUGGCCCGCGCUCUGCCUCGUCAGUCCGGCCUGGUGUCCAAGAAAGCCCUCGGUGCUGCAUUUGUUGCCACCAGGAACAUUCAUGCAUCUGGCGCAUGGCUUCAGAAGUCUGGCACCGCAGAAGUGUCCUCUAUCCUGGAAGAGAGAAUCCUUGGUGCCGACAUCAGCACCGACCUGGAGGAGACUGGCCGGGUCCUUUCCAUUGGUGAUGGUAUCGCUCGUGUCUAUGGGCUUAGGAAUGUCCAGGCAGAAGAGAUGGUGGAAUUCUCGUCUGGCCUGAAGGGCAUGUCGUUGAACUUGGAGCCUGACAAUGUUGGUGUGGUGGUGUUUGGUAACGACAAGCUGAUUAAGGAAGGCGACAUUGUGAAGAGGACAGGAGCCAUUGUGGAUGUGCCCGUGGGUGAUGAGCUGCUGGGUCGUGUUGUUGAUGCUCUGGGUAACGCUAUUGAUGGCAAGGGCCCCCUUACAUCAAAAAUCCGCAGAAGAGUGGGUCUGAAGGCCCCAGGUAUCAUUCCCCGUAUCUCUGUGAGGGAACCCAUGCAGACUGGCAUUAAGGCUGUUGACAGUUUGGUGCCCAUUGGCCGUGGUCAGCGUGAGCUCAUCAUCGGUGACAGACAGACUGGCAAAACCUCCAUUGCCAUCGAUACGAUUAUCAACCAGAAGAGAUUCAACGAGGGAACUGAUGAGAAGAAGAAGCUGUACUGUAUCUAUGUGGCCAUUGGUCAGAAGAGAUCCACUGUGGCUCAGCUGGUCAAGAGACUGACUGAUGCAGAUGCCAUGAAAUACACCAUUGUGGUGUCUGCUACAGCCUCUGAUGCUGCUCCCCUGCAAUAUCUGGCUCCAUACUCCGGCUGCUCCAUGGGAGAGUAUUUCAGAGACAAUGGAAAACACGCUUUGAUCAUCUAUGAUGACUUGUCCAAGCAGGCUGUAGCCUACCGUCAGAUGUCUCUGUUGCUGCGUCGUCCUCCUGGUCGUGAGGCCUACCCCGGGGAUGUCUUCUAUCUUCACUCCCGUCUUCUGGAAAGAGCAGCGAAAAUGAACGAUCAUUUUGGAGGCGGCUCCCUGACUGCUCUCCCUGUCAUUGAAACACAGGCGGGUGAUGUGUCCGCUUACAUCCCAACCAAUGUCAUCUCCAUCACUGAUGGACAGAUUUUCUUGGAGACAGAGUUGUUCUACAAGGGUAUCCGUCCUGCUAUCAACGUAGGUCUGUCUGUGUCCAGAGUGGGAUCAGCUGCUCAGACCAGAGCUAUGAAACAGGUGGCCGGUACUAUGAAGCUGGAGUUGGCUCAGUACCGUGAAGUUGCUGCUUUUGCUCAAUUCGGCUCUGAUUUAGAUGCGGCUACACAACAACUCCUGAACCGUGGCGUGCGUCUGACUGAGUUGCUGAAGCAAGGGCAAUACGGUAAGAACCUGAAAAGCAAAUUGCUUUACAUCCCCAUGUUAAUGCUUGCAAUUGCCAAACAUUUAAUUACAUUGUGCUUCAUUGCAGUUCCCAUGGCCAUUGAAGAACAGGUAACAGUAAUCUAUGCCGGUGUCAGGGGACAUCUUGACAAGAUGGAGCCCAGCAAAAUCACCAAGUUUGAGAGCGCUUUCCUUUCUCACGUUAAGAGCCAACACCAGGAGCUUCUUGCUACAAUCAGGACUGAUGGCAAGAUCUCUGAACAGGCCGAUGCCAAACUCAAAGAAAUCGUUCUGAACUUCCUGUCCACAUUCGAAGCAUAAACUCUGCCUCCAGUUUGUGACGUCGCUGUUCCCAAAUGUUCUGGUUUUCAUUGUCGCUAAACUUAUUGAAGCACUUGUGCUUUUAAUGUACAGAAAUAUCUCUAAUGGAGAGUAAACCUUCGUGAAAAUUUAA